AUGAACACGGUUAACAUGUCUACAGGCUACUCCCCAAUUCAAUUGCACUUGGGACGCAGUCCCCGCCUGAUUCCACCACUGGUCCCUCCAAUGUCCCCAUCCACUGCUGAAGCCGAUGCUGGCCGCCUCAUCCGAACUAUCGACAACCUUGUGGCAGACACUCAGGACCACCUGCUCAGCAUGAGGGUCAACCAAGCCUUCUUUGCCAACCGUCAUCGUGGGCCUGAGCCGACGUUCAAUGUCGGUGACAUGGUGAUGCUCUCUACACGCAACCAUUGUUGGGAAUACAAAUCCAAAGGCGAUAAACGCGUGGCUAAG